CCCGUCUGGCGCCGCGUCCCCGCCCCUCCGCCAUGGCCGAUGUGGAGGACGGGGACGAGCCGGGCGCCCCCCACUCGCACCCGGGCUCUGCGGGCUCUAAGGCAGGCGCGGCCGACAAGAUGUUUUCUCUGAAGAAGUGGAACGCGGUGGCCAUGUGGAGCUGGGAUGUGGAAUGCGACACCUGCGCCAUUUGCCGGGUGCAGGUCAUGGAUGCCUGUCUUAGAUGUCAAGCUGAAAACAAACAAGAAGAUUGUGUUGUGGUUUGGGGAGAAUGCAAUCAUUCCUUCCACAAUUGCUGCAUGUCCUUGUGGGUGAAACAGAAUAAUCGCUGUCCUCUCUGCCAGCAGGACUGGGUAGUCCAAAGAAUAGGCAAAUAAAACCACUGGAUGUUGCUUUUUUUUUCUUCUUUUUUUUCUUUUUUUUUAUUUCUGUUGAACUUGUUGAAAUAGUGUAUGUCUUCUGUUAUAUUCUCAUACAAAAGAAUGAAAUGUCAAUCAUGGCAGGAUUUGUUUAAUUUAUCUGCUAGAAGGACAGCGUGGUAUUGCUCCAUGCUCUUUGCUAUACAGGGAGGCAAUGAAUGGUCAGUCUUACUGCAGAUAUUUGCAUAACUGAAGAGACACACUACAUCGUUAGCAGAUACAGCUGUUGCCAUUUGAAUAUUGACUGUAUCAGAGCAUAAAAAUGUGAUGAUGAAGAUUAUACCCCAAGUACAAUUUAUUUAAUGUUUUUGCAUAGAUGAAAUAAUUUGAAAGGGCAGCCCCAUCUUUAAGUCUGAAACAGUGCAUAGUUUACUGUCAGGAUAAAUAAAUAGUUUUCUAAGUAAUAUUGUAUACAAAACCAUUGUUGGUUAGCUUUUGAGAAACUUUCCUUUUUUUCAUCUAAAAUAUUGUGUAAAGCAUUUGCUCUGUGCUUUUUGCAUCACAGUAUACUAAAGAUUUCUAAUUUAGAUUCUCUUUAUGACUUUAGAAAAUUUUAUUUUGUUUUAUCUCUAAGUCUGUUGUGGUAUUAUAUUCUAUACAUUAUUUCUACGCCCAUAGUAUUAAAUUUAACCACAUUAAGAAUUUUUGUUAUUUAUCUAUCUGUUAAAGAUCAUAGAGACGUAUUUUUAAUCCACACUUUUUGUGCUUAGACAUGUGUUUGAUAUCAUUUAACUAGGGGUAUAAACAAUCUCACUGGUUAGCUGACUUAGUACAGAAAGCAAACAGACAGUAUAAAAAGCAAACAAAAUUGAUUAUUUAAAUUUCCCAAGGAAAGCAGGUGCUAACUAAAUCUAGGGGAAAAAGUUAAAUUGCGGUUUCAUAGAAUUAAUGGAAAUUUCUGUAUUGUUGUUUUACUGGCUACAAUGUUUUGCAAGUGGGAGGAAAUGUUUCAUUUUUGUGGAAAUUGUCAAUAUGUCGACUUUUCUAUAUGAAUCGUGAUUUCAUUUUCUUACAAAUAUUUAAGUACUUGCCUCUGACUUUGUGUUUUCCCUAAAGAUCCAAAGUAAUUACCAUUAAUCUAAACAAACACUGUGGGCUUUUUCUUUAAUAUAUGUAAUAGAGAGUUGAAUUAUGACUUCUAAGUCUGUAAAAUUCAGGCUCAAUAAAAUGGUUAAUAAAUCUGGGCAAAAUUAAAGAAGUAUUAUAUGUAUAUCAUUGCUUACUUCAAAGUUAACAUCUAAAGUGUUUAGGAUUAAUGCAUUUCUCAGCAGAUGUAUUUCUGUCUAGUUCUGUUUAUUGUAAUAUAUUUGAAGAGGCUUAUCUUCACUGUAUAAGGUAGACCUAGUGGCAAUCUGUCUUCAAGCAUACAUGCAGAGUUUACUGUGUUUCUGUUUAAUACUUGUAAUCUUGUUUUUAAAAGUUUGAAUAUUUUUAAAUACAGAUACUGUCUCAUUACACACUGAGAUUAAAAAAACAAAUCCUCUGUGUUACUGUCACAGUACCUGUUGUUGGUUGAUAUUAUCCCAGAUAAUGUCUGUGUUAAAACUGGAAACAAAUACAAAACAGAUUUACAGUAAUAAUGAAGUGCCUGUAGCAUUUCCCUUGUUGUGGAGUAUUUCCUCUUAGCUUUUCUGUUUUGUGUAAAUGGAUUCUUCCCAAAAUGAUUGCAAAAGAAAAUCUAGUUGGCUGUGGAAAU